CUCAAAUCAUGCAUUAUAUCAUGCAUGCAUCACCUGACCUGUCACUGUGAGAGCUGAGAGCUGAGAGUAUCUAUAUACAGCUGCUUUUGCCGAGCUUUGAGCUUUUCAUUCUGCUAUAUAUCAUACUAAAAUUAAUAAAGUUCUGUCAAUGGCUGAGAGACUGAGUACUGCUCAAGAAACUCUCUCCAAAGUAGAGGACCAGCUGUCAUGCCCAGCCUGUCUGGAGCCCUACACCAACGCUCGACUCCUUUCCUGUUUCCAUGUCUACUGUCAACAUUGUCUCGAGGAAAUACUUGCCCACAAUCGACAAGGCCAGCUCGAAUGCCCUGAGUGUCGCCAGCCCACCCCCCUACCCCCCACUGCUGUGAGCGGCCUCCAGGCUGCCUUUCAUGUCCACCAUCUUUUUGACAUCCGGGAAACACUCAAGAAAAUUGAAGAGCCUCAGAAAUUGGCCUGUGAGAAAUGUGUAAAGACGACUCGUAAAGCCACUAGCUUUUGCCGACAAUGCACCAAGUUCAUCUGCGAGAAGUGUACUGAAAUGCACGAAGAGUGGGAGGAGUUUGAAGGCCACGAAGUUGUUAGUAUCGAAAAAGUGGAAGGGGACUUGACUCAUCUAAUUUCCCCAAAGAAGACAUUCCCUCGCUGCCCGAAACAUGACGAAAAUAUGAAACUUUAUUGCGAAACUUGUGGGGAGUUGAUUUGCACUCACUGUAUCGUUCAUAUACACAAAGACCACAAAUACUGUGUGAUUACCGACACCUUUGAGAGCCACAAGAAAGAGAUCCUGGACUCCCUGGGACCCGUUGAAAAACAGCUAGAGGCCACCGACACAGCUCUGGCCAAUCUGGAUGGUAGGCAUGCCGAAAUUGUUGAGCACCAAGGGAAAAUUUCAACCAAUAUCAAUGCGAGGUUCGAUGAGAUUCGUCGAGCUUUUGAUGCUCGUGAGGCGGAGCUUAUGACCGGGUUAGAAGGCCACACUCAACAACAGCUCAAGACCCUCUCUGAUCAACGAAAGGAUAUAGAGAUCUUCCAAACCCAAUGUAACAACUGCCUGCAUUUCGUGAGGGAGAGCAUUCGUACCGGAUCUCCAGGAGACGUGCUAAAGAUGAAGCAAGGUGUGAUGAAGCAAGUGAGAGAGCUGGUAGACACCUUUGACCUCAACAACCUAGAGCCUCGUGAGACGGCCAACACCUGUUUUGUGCCUUCUGUUGAGAUGGUUAAGUCCUGUAACGAAUUUGGAGUCAUGCAUUGUGUUAAUAUUCCUUGCAAAGCAAUCACUACAGAACAUGUAACGGCGUAUUAUCGAUUUAUUUCUCCGCUAAAUUCAGCGCCGCCAGACGUCAAACUCGUCUCCAAAAUAACUGGCAAAACCACAAAAGAUGGUGUGAAGAAACGAAGGAUGGGAGAUUAUGAGAUAUCCUACCAGGCGACAGUGGGCGGGGCUCAUCAGCUACACGUGCGAGUGGGUGAGGAGGAUGUGGCAGGAAGUCCAUUCCCUGUGGCAGUCAAGACUCCAAUCGAUAAACUGGGAACUGUUAUCAACACUAUCAAUGAUCUCAAGUCACCUUGUGGAGUGGCAGUCAACCAAGCUGGGGAGAUAAUUGUAGCUGAAUACGAUGCUGGUAUUGUCUCGAUAUUUAGCCCCACAGGGAACCAGCUGCGAAAAUUAGACACUCGAGGUACAGCUGUUGGGGAGAUGAAAUAUCCUCAAGGUGUGGCAGUGGACAGUGAUGACAACAUUCUGGUAGUUGACUAUGGUAAGCAUCGACUGUUGAAGUUCUCAAGCGGAGGAGAUUUGAUAGCAGAAAUAGGUAGUAAUGGCGAUGGUCCUGGCCAGUUUAGAGAUCUUUUUGGUAUGUGUGUCAACAUUGUCGCUGGGAAUAAGGUGUACGUGGCUGAUAACAGUGCUCACUGUGUUCACAUCUUUAACUCUGAUCUAACCUUCUCCAGCAAGUUCGGUAGUGAAGGUGGUGGUAAUGGACAGUUUUACUCUCCCUGGGACAUUGCAUCUGAUUGUAGUGGUUGUGUGUAUGUGGCUGAUGCAGGUAAUAAUCGAGUGCAAGUCUUUACAUCCGAUGGUGGCUAUCUGAGGCAGUUUGGGAACGAAGGCAGUAACGAUGGAGAACUUAACGAUCCUAUCAGUAUCUGUGUGGGCAGUGAUGAUCUAGUGUAUGUGGGAGAAGAUGAAGAUGGGAACGGGCGUGUCUCAGUGUUCACAAGUGAGGGGGUGUUUCUCAAGUCAUUUGGAUCGUAUGGAUCUAGACGAGGGCAGUUCAAAAAGCCUUAUGGCAUAGCAGUAGACCAGUGUGGUGUUGUGUAUGUGUCUGAUUAUAGCAACAAUAGAGUGCAAAUAUUUUCUUAAAUUUUUUUUUUGAUAUUGAGUUAUUGUAGCACGUUGCUUAUUAAAAUAAUAUGAAUUCUUUACCCAUG